AUGAACAACAACCUUAUUACUGCAUUUUUUGAAGAAGAAGAACGUGAUGAAGAGUUACGUACAACUGUCAGCAGCUUCCUAUUGGACAAGCUUACCCACGACUACUCUGACUAUGAUAUUGAAAAAAUAUCUCAAAGAACUAUCUGCCAGCUAGCAUAUGGACUUCCUGCCAACUCCAUAGAUGAAUCGUUUAGAAUGACAGAGUCAACUGCUUUUGAGUGUCUGAAGCAUUUCUGUGCUGCAGUUGUAUCUGUUUUUGGCAAUGAGUACUUGAGAGCGCCAUAUGAAGAGGAUAACUGUCCCACUGCUUGGCAUAGACAAUAUGUUAGAAAGGAGAAGACUCCUACCAUUGUUUUGGAAGCUGUUGCUUCAUAUGAUCUCUGGAUUGGACAUAUUUUCUUUGGCUUGCCUGGAUCAUUAAAUGACAGCAAUGUCUUGGACUGGUCUCACCUUUUUGAGAAUAUAACUGAUGGAAAAGGCCCCAAAGGAUAUUACUUGACAGAUGACAUAUACCCAACCUAUGCUGCUUUUGUUAAAAGCUUUAAUGACCUUCAGUCCGCAAAGCACAAGAACUUUGCAAAGGCACAAGAGACAGUCAGAAAGGAUGUAGAGUGUGCAUUUGAAAAUGAUAGAGGAGAGAAAGAAAAUAUUGGUGAAGGUAAUGGAGUAGAAAGAAAAGUUGUAGGUGAAAGAUCUGAGGUGGAUACUUCCUUGACUGGAACAAUGUCCUUGAUGCCCAGAUCAGAGAUAAUGCUCCCAGAUGGAAGCUUUGCAAGUUUCAUGCAAAGGUUUAUAGCAAUUCAAAACUGUAAGCAGCACUUUCAGUUGAGACACGAUCUUGUAGAAAGCCUGUGGCAAAGAAAAGGAGAUUUCUUAAUAGAAUAA